AUGUUGGAAGAGCAAGUGCAACAAUUCCUAACCUAUGCUCAACCAACACUCUCAAAGUUCGUCGAUCCCUCAAAGACUCUGGUCGCUUUCUGGAUCGGCAUCAACGAUAUAAACGACAGUGCCAAUUAUGCAGUGGACUUUCCAUCCUUCUACGAUAAACUCAUCACAACACUAUUUGAGUCUGUUCAGAGUGUUUACAAUAUCGGCUAUCGCAACUUCCUCUUCAUGAACCUGCCUCCUCUCGAUCGCACUCCAGGCAAUAUCCUAAAAACAACCCCUCUACCCAAUACCACGAUGAUAAAUUGGUGGGAUGAGACUCUUACCUCACAUAUCCAAGCUUUUAGCAAACAGAACCCUACAACCAAUGCUUUUGGUUUUGAUGUCAAUGGUUUCCUGAAUGGAGUCUUGGAUUCUCCUGACAAGUAUGGGAUCAAGAAUGUCACGGGCUAUUGCAAGAAUUACGAUCAACCGUAUAUCAAUACUGAGCCAGAGAGGUAUGGGUGUUUACCCUUGGAUCAGUAUGCGUGGUUCAAUGAUGGACAUAUGACUUCUCACAUCCAUGAGAUCUUGGCUAAGGAGGUGAGGCAGUUUCUCAAGAAGCAGUAG